CAUGUCCUGAUUCUGGAUCCUGUUGGAUGUAACUACCGACCUUUUGAGGUGAACUGUUUCAGAGCAUGUUAAACACCCUGGAUAAAGGGAUUAACUGAAGAAAAGAUUAGUGACCCAGUCUUUCUCUUGGGCGGUUAAACACAACCCAUUUCUUAACAGUCCACAACAUCACACACAACACAGGAGGAUGGCGGUGAAUGUUUACUCCACCUCUAUGAGCGCAGAGAACCUGAGUCGCCAUGACAUGCUGGCCUGGUGCAACGACUCCCUGCAGCUCACAUUUACAAAGAUCGAGCAGCUCUGUACAGGUUCUGCUUAUUGCCAGUUCAUGGACAUGCUGUUUCCAGGGUGCAUAUUGCUGAAGAAAGUCAAAUUUAAUGCUAAAUUGGAGCAUGAAUACAUUCACAAUUUCAAAGUCUUGCAGGCUUCCUUCAAGAGAAUGAAUGUGGACAAGAUCAUCCCCGUGGAGAGAUUGGUGAAAGGAAAGUUCCAGGACAACUUUGAAUUCCUCCAGUGGUUUAAGAAGUUUUUUGAUGCCAACUACGAUGGGAAGGAAUACGAUCCUCUACUGAUGAGGCAGGGCCAGGAAGGAACGCCAACACCACCUAACCAAGGUCAGCCCAUCCACCCUAGAACUACUACCAGACCCCCCCGGCCAGUCCCCAUGAGAACCUCGCCCACGGUACCAAAGAGCGUACCGCCCCCACAGAGGCAGGUCAACGUGCCGGUCCGCAGGAAUGUUCCAGUCGCCCGAAACGGAGGAGACAGCGAGCUCGUAGAGCUCAACCAGCAGAUUCUGGAUAUGAAGCUGACUAUAGACGGACUGGAGAAGGAGAGAGACUUCUACUUUGGAAAGCUGAGAGACAUUGAGCUGAUCUGCCAGGACAACGGCUGUGAAACCAGCACAGUCCUCAGCAAAAUCAUGGACGUUCUGUACGCGACAGAGGAUGGAUUUGCACCCCCAGAAGAGGAUGAAUUAGAAGAAGAAACACGAGGAGACCAGGAGGAGUUUUGAACUCUUUCUCUCCCCUUCAUCGUCCUCUCUCAUCUCUCAUUGUUUAAUCCGAAAAAACAUUCUUUUUAAAUUUUACCCUCCAGAAGUUCAUUUUUACAAUCUCCCUUGACAUGUCUCACUUUUUUUAUGGCUGUACAUAUCCAUGAAACUUUAUUGUACAGCCUCGCUUCGCAAAGUCUUACUUGUAAAAAGACAUUUAACCAAAAUCUGUCAGGACUACAGCGCAGCAGCCUGGCUUGGCUUAAUCACCUAAUUCUAACCUUUUAUCAGAGAGGACAGCUGCACUGCAAGACAAGCUCAGUCUACUAGACUGUCAGAAGUUUGAAAUAAACAGCAUUGAAGCUAAACUGCUAUGAACCUGUCUGUGUGAAGAGGCAGGUCACUUUCUCACGCUACACAUGUUCUGAUCGGUCACUGCACAGAUGCACAAACAUGAUUCAGGAUUCUCUAGAGAGUUUAUUUAAGAGCUAUGAAAUGCUUUACAAAAGGUGACCGGUUUUCACCAAGUUUCACAUGUCCGAAUUAGGAAAAGUGUGAAGCCCUUUGGGAGAGAGGCCUGCACGUGGAUAUAUUUUGAUCACAUUACAUGUGAUGGUACAUGUGAACAUUAGCACACAGACAUAUCGCAGACGUUGAACUGCUCACAUGUACAGUACAUGUUUAAAUGAAGUUAUUGUUUUAUAGAUAAAGCAUCACAGAUGAGUUCUUAUUCAUCGAGUUGUCCUAACAGACAGGGUUUAUCAAUGGAACAGCAGCUAUGUCAUGUUUUGAAAGCAUGUUUAGGCACGGUGUAUUUAUGUUUUAUUUAUUGAAGUUUUUCUUUUUUAAUCUGCUCUAUUCAGUUUCUGGGGGAAAAAAAAGGUUUGGAUUUGGGGAGAUUUAAGGUCUUGCACUAGUUGUAGCAAAACGACAUGAUACAAAAUGCCAACAUGCAGUUAUUGGCUCAUGCCAUCAAAGAUAUAGGAAGAUGCAAUUUUAUAUUUUGUAGAUUUAUUUUAAAAAUAGAUUUGUUUUUAUUUUUGUUUUUAUUGAAUUCCUCAUGGCCGAGCCAGAAAUAAAGGUGUAAAACUUGUUUAUCAGAUAAAUAUCAGGCUAUGAAUUCUACAAAUGAACAUACAAACAAAUAACAGUCCAUACACUACUAAACACUAACGUUUUGACUGUUAAUGGAGUUAAACAUUUUAGCUGCUAUCGUUGCUGUAUUUGAACUGACAUGUUACAUAACAUUAAGGCACCACUGUGGCUACUAAGGAAAUGAAUGGUUUAGGUGUCUGACCGAUCGGAGAGGAGGAAACAUCAGACCCUUUCUAACUGUUUGUUACCAUGGCAGCCAUGUGAAGAUGUUGCAUCAUUUAGAUAUACUGCUGGAAUGAAAUAAAGCUCUGAGAUUUCA